AUCGUGCACACAUUUGCCUUGAGCAGUAUCGAUGCCCCGAAGUUCUCAUACUUAGUAUCGAGCAAACGAGAUGGCUUUCGGAGACUAUCCAGCUGAGUAUAACCCAAAGGUGCAUGGACCUUACGAUCCAGCCCGCUACUACGGAAAGGCUGAUGUGCCCUUCGGUCAAGUGAAAUUGGGUGAACUGGGCGCCUGGUUUAGCCGCCGCAACAAGACCCCAAAUGCCAUUGGUGGCGCCAUUAGCCGUGCCUGGUGGCGCUGGCAGCACAAGUAUGUGUUCCCCAAGCGUGCUGGCAUUGCACCCUUUUUCCAGAUCACCGUCGCCAGCAUGACGUUCUUCUACUUGAUCAACUACACUAAGUUGAAGCACCACAGGAACUACAAGUACCACUAAACGAUCAGCUCGUUCGACGAGCUCUUCAACACAUAUUUUGUUAUGACAACUUUCGGCAGCCAUUCGGUAAACGGGAGAGAGAGAGUUGCAUACAUACAUUAAACAACAACAAAACUAUAAUACUAAUUGAUUAUUCUUGUCAGUUUUAAUAAAACGUCUGCGAAUAACUGUGCUGCACUUAACCCCCUCA